AUGCCUCAGUUGACUGAGCCAGCUAACCUACCUCCACCUCCAUAUAACUCUUCAACAUCCAUCUUUCAAAACACUACCAUCCGCCAGACCAUUCGUGUCACUCAACCAGGUCCUGAGAUUCGCUUACGCUUGUCCAACACGUUCGGUCUAGAGGCUCUCUCAAUUACCAAGGUGGCUAUCAGUCUACCCGUAGACCAGAAGCUCGGGACGAGUGCGAUCCAGUCCAAUACCACGAAGGACGUCCUCUUCAGUGGUAGCGCAGACACGAUUAUCCCGAAUGGAGGUUUAGCCGUUUCAGACCCGAUUGUAUUCCCAGUGGAAGCCCAAGAUACGCUCGCCAUUGACAUCUAUCUGCAACAGGGUCAGGGUGGCGGAGCUAUCACCUCCCAUCCCGGAAGUAGAACGACAUCAUGGAUGAGUUCAGGCGACUGGGUUGGAAGAAAGAAUCUGACAGAUCCUUCAGUGGAUAGCGUCGAUCACUGGUAUUUUAUCAGCGCCAUUGAAGCUCUCCUCCCAUCCACGAGUCACAGUUGCGCAAUCAUCGGCGACAGCAUCACAGACGGACGAGGAAGUGACACCAAUAAGAAUAACCGCUGGCCUGACCUCCUCCUAACCCGCAUGCAACAAACCCCAACAACCAGCUCAAUCGCUCUCCUCAACCAAGCAGCAGGAGGCAACCGAAUUCUCGCCGAUGGGCUCGGUCCCAACGUGCUCAGUCGUCUUGACCGCGACGCUCUGGCGCAAUCAGGCGUCCAAUACGGCAUUGUCUUCGAAGGCGUCAAUGACAUCGGCGUCGCUGAUGCCGAUACUGAGGUCCAGAAGCAGAUUGGCGAUAGACUUAUCGUUGCAUAUCAACAGAUAGUCACUCGUUUCCACGCAGUUGGCAUUCCUGUGUUUGGGGCUACGAUAACGCCCUUUGGGGCGCCGGGUAAUGCCUCUGAUGUACAGCCCUACUCGAAUCCUAUAAGGGAGGACACACGUCAGAGAAUCAACGAGUGGAUAAGGACGAGCGGUGUGUUUGAUGCUGUUUUGGAUUUCGACCAGGUGCUUAGGGACCCUGAGGCACCGGCUCAACUUGCGGAUGAGUACGAUUCCGGCGAUUACUUACACCCAAAUGUGGCGGGUUACCAAGCCCUGGCGGAUUAUUUUCCUUUGGAAUUGUUUGAGGGGUUCAGAAGCUAG